AUGAGGUAAGCAGAGAGGAAGUGGGUCUAUAACAGACCCACGUUAAUAAUACGAUCCUUCAGAUAUUUUGUCUCAAAUUCCCCCUGCCACUCCUUGACAAGAGUCACUAGAGACUCAAAGCCACGAGGUUAGAACACAUUUCAUACUUUGCUUGCUGUGCUUGCUAGGCGGUGUAAUAAAGGUUAAAAAUAUCUAUAUAAUGACCAACCGUCCUGCCCACCGGCACAGUAAGUUGAAAUGGAAUUGUAUUUAACUUCUGGCUUCCCAUUGACUGUUUUUGUUCAACCCAAUACACUUGAAAGCAACGCUAGUGUAUGUAAAUACACCUGUAUUGCUAAAAGCACCUAUAUGUGUGUGUAUGUGUGUGUGUGUGUGUGUAUUUUGAGGACAGGCAGGGAUAAAGACAAGCCCAGAACAAAUUGUUUUUGGCCCUGGGGCUCUUUCUCCUGCCAGAUGAAAACAACACCAGGGAACACAGUUACUGUACACCCCCUCCUUCACUACUACACCACUCAACCCCGCAGACAGAAGAGGAGGGGUGAGAGAACAGAUGAGUGUGUUUCUGCACCAGUAGAGAUCACAUUAAAGAGGCACAAUGGAGUCGAAGAGUGUGUAUGGUUCAGGUUUACACCUUAACCACAGCCUUCGGAAUGUGUGUGUGUGUGCAUGUAUGUGCAUGCGUAAUUACUCAGCCUAAGGAAGUGUUUGUGUCUAAAUGUUAGAGAGCUUCCACAAAAUGUCCGAUUAGUCACCUCCUCCUCACAUGGUCUGAUGAUGUCAUGUUUUUGUUUUGAAGAUAUGGGAAGAUUGUGUCCACGAAGGCAAUCCUGGACAAAACCACCAACAAGUGCAAAGGUGAGAGUUCAGAGUUCAACAGGUUGUUUGGUUCAUGACACAGAUGCCACUAACAUUUAACCUGGAAAGAUCAUAGUGUUGUGUUGUUGACUGUGUCUCCAUAAACAAGAUCAUGGACUUAUGGACUCCAAAACUCGAUCACAGCUGCAUUGUACAAUAUUAGACUUUAUUAGGCUAUAAGAUAGAAUUUUAGAUUAUUAGUCUGGUUGCAGGUUUAUUGCUACACUGUAUAAAUUCAUGAAGCCACAUCUGCAGAGUGGCGUUGGUUAGACAUGUUGAGGAAGCACACGUCGUAGAAGGCCAUAAAUGUGUCAUAUUGGGCCAGACUGCUGGGCCUUUGUGGCAUGUGCUAAGUGUUUUGUAAUUGCACUGAAUGUCUUUAGACUUCAAGCACCUAUAGUCUAUCUAACAACCAUUCUGAAUGCCACAUUCACUCAUCAAUCAUGAAAUGAUGUACACAUUCAUGACUGUAAGGAAAUGUGUGUGUAUAUGUGUUGUGUAGGCUAUGGCUUCGUGGACUUCGACAGUCCGGCAGCAGCCCAGAAAGCGGUGAGCUCCCUGAAGUCCAGUGGGGUCCAGGCUCAGAUGGCCAAGGUAAGACUAAUUUAAAUCAACUCCACACACACUUCAUAUUCACAGUAACACAUGAUAUAUUAUAAACUUUUGUAUUAUGAGUUCAUUCACAUCUACUUCAAUGUGACUCUUUACAAUUCCGCUAGACUCCUUACUGCCUCACUUUCUUUAUUUUAUUGCCAAAUGUUCAGAGAAACUCGACUUUGAAGGAAUUUCUCUCAGAUUAGAUGCUGGAUCUCCUUCUUUGAUUUGAUGGUGAAUUGACAGCUAGUCCAGCCAAGUUGGUGUCUAUAUUCAACCACAAAAAGCAUAGACAUUCCUAUAACGCAGUAUACAUGCAAACACACUCCCUCCCACAUUCUCAGUGGUAUCAAAUGUGAGCUGUUUUACUGUAUGUUGUUAUGGCCUGAUUGGCGUUAAGUGCCCUCUUGGCACUGUCUCAAGACAAACUGCCAUAGGUUAUGGAGAGGUGUGUUUACCUUCGUUAGCUGGCAGUUGACUGGCAGGCAGAGAGGGAAGGUGAAGAGGUCACAGUAUUAGAGGAGAACAGGCAGUCUAUCAGAUGACAUUGAACUGGUCGUCUCUCCUCCUCUUCCCUCUCUUCCUCUUCACCUCUAUUCUCCCAUCUCCCUCUGCCCCUUUUCAUCUCCCAUACUCUUCCUCUCCCCUCCCUCCCUCUCGCUCACCUAUCCCUCUCACUCCUUCUCUCUCCCCUUCCUUCUUUUAGGAUCUCAUCCUCCUUUUCCUCAACCUAUUUACUACCCCGCCCAUCUAUCCCUCUCUUCCUACUCCUCUCUCCCCUUCCUUCCCUCUCUCUUCCUCCUCUACCUGCCCCACCCACCCAUCCCUCUCUCCCUCCUCCUCUCUGUGGCUGGCUGUAUGUGUGUCCUGCUAAGCGGCCCCUGCUGUGGCCCUUGUCAUGAGCUCUUUGUGUGGGUGUCUGCAGUCAAAGGGGCUGUUGUGGGCCCAUUAAGCUGAUCCCUCUGUGCUCUCAGGCUCUCCAUUGAGAGGGCCCUGGGGAGUGUGCCACUGCACACGCCGUCAAUGGGUCGGAGACAAUGAGCUGCCCUGUGCUUGCAUGGGUUAGUGUCUGGGCACGGGGCAGACGCUAUAUGGCUUCAUUCACUCCGCUCCAGCCCCGCUCUCAGUCCACACCCAAACAACAGUGCCCAAGUCACUUCACUACUGCAGAGGGAAGAUGGAAUUAAUUCACUUACUUCAGAAUUAAGACAGACGAGCCAUUGCAACUGAACAUCAGGGUCCACCAAAUCACCCCUGCUACCCAGAUAUUGUAUCCAAAUACUCACUGUAUUACAACACAAGGGCCUAACUUACCCAAACAGUAUACCUGAGGAGUUGGUAGUGGACAAAACAGAGGAGAGUGCCCUAUUAAAAGACAAUUUGGACCUGUGAGCUACGAUGAGCUUUUCUGCAUCAUGGCCUGGCUUUCUGACCUUAGGUCAUUAGGUUACCCAGGUAUAACUCACUGGCACUGGCGACAACCGGAUUUGUGCAUCCCUGAUUUAAAACGGUGUUUGUCUAAAUCUGAAAUCAGAAACUGAAAUCAAAUACUAUGGCAUUAGGUCAGGUUCUUUCCUUGUACUUCCACUGAAUGUGGGUCAUGUUGUUUCCAGUGUGUUGGUUCUUUAACAGUGUGGGCCAUGCUGAGCGUUAUCAUAACUCCCAGCCAGUCAAUCGUCUCUACAGAGGAGUGUCUAUGGGGCUGGCUACGGGCUGGCUGGGUAGGGACAGGGAAACAAUGGAAAGGGAUAGAAAUAGACUGCUCUUUACUUCCGAGAGCCUCACACACACCACCUGCCUGAUACAUAGACACACUCGCACACACACACACACAAGUACAACACAUCGACAGCCUGGCUCGACCAGGACCUGCACUGUAAAACAUUUAUUGUAAAAUGUACAGUAACUUACUGGCAGCAAUUGACCAGUAAGUUACUGUAAUUUAUUUUACAGUACAGCUACUCUAAUCCUUUUUAUGGUAGCAAAAAAUUUACCGUAAUCUAAUUUACAGUACCAAGUCAGUUACUGUAAUCUAAUUUACAGUACCGAUUACAAUGACAGAAUAUUACUGUAAUUACCCAGUGACAUAUUACCCAGUGUUCUUUGUAAGUUUUUAUUUUUACAUUUACAUUUUGGUCAUUUAGCGGGUGCUCUUGUCCUUAGCAACUUACAGUUAGUGCAUUCAACCAAGGUUGAUAAGAAAAACACAUCACAGUCAUAGCAGGUAAAAAGCUUCUGUAACCGUUACUGAACAUUUUGUAGUUAUGGUCUUAAAUGUUUUUUUAAUUACAACAAGAUAUCUUAUCUCUCUGACUAUCUCUGGGUAGUGCCAAAAUAUUACUGCGAUGUGUCACCAGGGGAGAGAGAGAAAGAGAGAGCGUGAGAGGGAAAGGGGGAGAAAUAGAGAGAGAGAGAGAGAGAGCGAUGAAGAGAUUCAAUUUCAUUUGUGGUUGGGUGUGGUCCCGACAUUAUUUGAGUAUCUGCGUCAGAGGAGCCUUUUUAAGAAAUGUUGGCCCCGCAUGCAGAACAGGAUUAGAUGGACGAGUUGAGUUAAAAACAAAGGGUCAAACAAAGCCUUGUUCUAUUUUUUUCUGAUCCUUAUCACAGAAGGUUGCCUCAGUCAGUCAUAUCUAUGCGACUGCUCACAGUGCCACUGAGUUGCAUAACAAGGAAGUGUCUCCUUAACCACCCAUGUGGUUUAAAUCCCAGAAAUGGACAUUUCCAUCAUGGCAUGUUGAAUCCUGGUUAAGGAGCUACAUCUUGUGGGAGGCCAGGCUAAUCAGAGUGACAAUGAGACAUGUUUCAGGCUGCUUUUGUAUUCCCAGACAAAGAAAAAAACUACAUUCCAAUAUGUUUAACAUCACUUAAAAUGCAUUUAAAAUGAAUGGAGACACAUUUGCGUCUUUGCUAAAAUGCAUGUAAUGCCUUAAAAUGUAUUCCAGGGAUGCAUGUACAUACAUUUGCAUUGUUGCUCAAAUGCAUGUUAUGCCUUAAAAUGUGUACGGAGGGAACUGUCAAAAUGCUGAAUUUUAGCACUUUAGCAAGCCUCUGCGUAAAAACAGAUUUCAAAUCAAAUCAAAUCAAAUUGUAUUUGUCACAUGCGCCGAAUACAACAGGUGUAGACCUUACAGUGAAAUGCUUACUUACAAGCCCUUAACCAACAAUGCAGUUUUAAGGAAAAUAAGUGUUAAGUAAAGAAUAGAUAAGUAAAAAAGAAAACAUUAAAAUAAAUAACAAAUAAUUAAAGAGCAGCAGUAAAAUAACAGUAGCAAGGCUAUAUACAGGGGGUACCGGUACAGAGUCAAUGUGCGGUAGGCACAGGUUAGUCGAGGUAAUUGAGGUAAUAUGUACAUGUAGGUAGAGUUAAAGUGACUGUGCAUAGAUAAUAAACAGAGAGUGGCAGUAGCGUAAAAGAGGGAGUGUGGGAACAAUGCAAAUAGUCCGGGUAGCCAUUUGAUUAGCUGUUCAGGUGUCUUAUGGCUUGGGGGUAGAAGCUGUUAAGAAGCCUUUUGGACCUAGACUUGGUGCUCCGGUACCGCUUGCCGUGCGGUAGCAGAGAGAACAAUCUAUGACUAGGGUGGCUGGAGUCUUUGACAAUUUUUAGGGCCUUCCUCUGACACCGCCUGGUAUAGAGGUCCUGGAUAGCAGGAAGCUUGGCCCCAGUGAUGUACUGGGCUGUACGCACUACACUCUGUAGUGCCUUGCGGUCGGAGGCCGAGCAGUUGCCAUACCAGGCAGUGAUGCAACCAGUCAGGAUGCUCUCGAUGGUGCAGCUGUAGAACAUUUUGAGGAUCUGAGGACCCAUGCCAAAUCUUUUCAGUCUCCUGAGGGGCAAUAGGCUUUGUCGUGCCCUCUUCACGACUGUCUUGAAAAUAUUAUUGGAUUUAUUGAAUUCUCCAUGUGGUCUAUAUUAAAGGGUGCAUCAUUUAAUAAAACAGGCUUUUAAAAAUCAAUAUUGGUGCAAAGUGUCAUUGUAGGGACAGUCAUCAUUUUGUUAAAAUAUGAAUUGGCCAACUUUUUAUAUUUGCCAAAUUUUCUCAUUUUUACAAAUACGUUUAAAUGCAUGUUAGAAUAGAUUUUAGUUUUCAAAACAUUUCCAAAUACAUUUCCAAAUAAUUACUAAAUAUACCAUAAUUACAUGUGAAAAUAUGUUCUCAUUAUUUCAUUAUAAUAAUUACAUUUUCCAAUGCAUUUAACACUGUAUAUUGUGAAAUACAUUUUAGAUACAUUUAUAUAUACAUUUUCUAUACAUUACGUAAAAUAUGUUGGAAUGUAUUUAAAAUGUAUUAAAUAAAAAUACAUUAUUUGGCCAAUUUUAAAUAUUUCUAAAAAAAUAUAUUUCAAAUGUAUUUUUUCCCUGUAUGGUUUGACAUGCUUCGGUACCAUAAAUCCACCCAGGAAUUCCUUAUUGUCAGAUCAAUAGAGUGGCUUCGUCACCUAGCUCAACUCCUGCUCAACUCCCUGUGCAAACUGAGUUUACGUCCCAAAUAGCACCCUAUUCCCUAUAUAGUGCCAGGGCCCUGGUCAAAAGUAGUGCACUAUAUAGGGAAUAGGGUGCCAUUUGGGAUGCAAAUUGAAGCUCCAGUAGGCAGCUAGCUACCUGUGUCCUACCACUCUCCUGUCUGACUUGGUCUCAAGCUGACUCUUUGCUAAUGGUUCAACAGAGAUAAGUGUGGAAUUACAGGUCUGUUGCUGGAACCUAUAGUUUGGAGGGAGAUGGAGUGAACAGUGGGGUGUAGUGUAGUCAUACGGUUUGGUGUCACUGGUGCGGGUGGCGUUUUUGACUGGUGAUGACGACGUGCACGUGGAACUGGAAUUUAGACUUGACUUGACUGAAAUGCUAGCUUUAAACACUAGAUCUAAACAAUAGAGCCCACAUCCUCUCUAUUACUCCCUGCCUGGGGCAUUAACCUGGUAACCUGGUAUUCACUAUCACAUUUCAUAACAAGUUGUUCUUCCCUUGUGGUCUCUCAAAUGUUGCAUAAAAACGUUUUGUGAGAGAGAAAGAGACUGUGGGAUAGACUGUAUCAGGAGAAAGAGAGAGACUAGUGAAUGAGAUGGAGAAAAAAGGGAGGACUCCCAUGGGAGGGAGUUCAAUCCGUGAUGGAAGCACAACUCCUAUGAACAAACACACUCAUCUUCCCCAUCAUCCAAUCCUCCCCCUUUGCCUUUCCUUCCUCCUGAGUGCUCCAUCCCUUUCUCCUCUCCCCUAUGUUUGUUGAAGCUCCCUCUUCGCCUCCCUCUGUUUGGCCCAGCCCCUACUUGCCUGGUUGCCAAGCUCCUGUUGCUGUGCGAACUCUUAACUUCACGCCUGGUUUCCUGCCUGUUUCUACACAGUCACACAAGGUUUCACUUUUGAGCCCUGGAAUCAGAAUUGUCUCGCAUUCCUCUUUUAUUCAUUCUUCUGCUUUGGGCUCUUUUUCAGUCAUUCCACAUUUCCACAUACUUUUCCUCCAUUAUAACACAUACACUUUUUAGCAGUUGUAUGUGUUUUUAAGAGGUGAAAAGUGCUCUUGUACUCUCAAAAGCACUCACAUACAACCCACAUUCAGUCAAAAAACCAUUGACAAUGCAUACUGUAUGAACUUGUUAUAUCGUAUAUCUUUCAUAACCAUUACAUCACAAAAAUGUCAAAUAGAUUUUAAACAGUGAAUGUAAACCCUCUUUGUUUGUGAUUACACUGUGAGUCUGAUUGACCCUGUAUGUGUGUUUCUCUUAUACAGCAACAGGAGCAGGACCCCACCAACCUGUACAUCUCCAACCUGCCUGUGUCCAUGGACGAACAGGAGCUGGAGAGCAUGCUCAAGUCCUUCGGCCAGGUCAUCUCCACACGCAUCCUCCGCGACGCCAACGGGACCAGCCGUGGCGUGGGCUUCGCCAGGUACUUUAUAGCAAUAGCAUGCUACACACUACUGGCCCGAUUCCGACUUAGGAAAUUAUGCCUUUCUUACUCAUGCCUUUCCUACUCACUUCUUAGUUGUUGGUAUUCAGACUUACCUUAUGAAGGUGCGUAACGGGCUUUGCAGGCGUGGUUCCCUUACGCAUGCUGAAUAAAUGUAAUUCAACCGCUGAAAACCCUCCCACUUGCUGGCCAACAGAUUUUCUCAUGCAAUUUUCAUUCAGUUGUGUUUUCAGUAUAUUUAUCUUAAGCCAUCCCUUUAAAUACGGUGUACCUUUUAGUUAGAAUUUUGUUGACAGACUCAGUAGAAUAUAUCGAGAGAAGGGGUUCAGAAUAUUAGGGAUUAAUGAAAGAAAAAUAUAUGCAUAUUCGACUCCGUUUCAGCACCAUUUGGUAGAUUAAAAGAUACUUGGAUCUUGUAGAUUAUUUAGGGUUAGGAAAGGAUUUAUGAAUCAUUAAAAAAACGGUUGGAGAGCCUUUACCCACGAAAAAAAACAGUGGUUUGAUUCAUUCUGAAAAUUACCACAUUCAGUUAUUUAACCGAUGGUAAUGUUGGAAGAUUAGUGUAUAUAUAAUUAUAAUAGGGAGAAUAGUGUACAAUAGUAGGCUAUACCCUCUUCUAUUGCCUGCACUAACCAUUGAACUGUGCGAUGACACAGCCAAGUAUUGUGCCAUGCGUCUGGUUCAAACCGUUAUGGCUUGGUCUGCGCUCCACUGUAUAAUGAUUUAAUUAGCUUAAAUCUCUUUUUUUUAUAUUAUCAACUGUUACUAAUGAUAAUCCGCAACAACCACAUGGCCGUGACUGCGUUUACAGAGGAAGCAAAUGAAGGUAAAUGAAACAAUGUAAUGAAAUGAAAAGAUAAUGUAGGCUAUACCAACUGAAGGGAACUAACAGUAAAUUGGCAGUUGAAUGUGUUGUCAUGAAGCCUACUGGCGGUCAAUACUUAUAGUGUCUAAUAUUUAACAUGAUAGAAAUAGGAAACAGAGAAAGUCAAGGUAGCUUAUAAUUAAGACCUUUGAGAGUGCCCAUCCCUUCAUGUUAAAAGGCCGUACAAUUUAAAUUCUGCAUAAUGACACAGCAUUUCAUAAACUUUACUGUGGGAAAGUUGAUAUGCUUCAGUUUAGAAGGCUGCAGGUCCUGACAGAGAUCAUUGCAGAGCGGUCUUCAUUUUUCAUGCUGCGGGUGGGAGCGGGCGGUCAGACAGACUGUCACGCAGAUUAUUUGAAAACGGUUGUCUUUCUGCUUUGUAUGCGUUAGCCUAGGCCUACCUAUUGUAUUAAAAGUACAUUUUUGUCGCAUUAUUCACACUCAGAAUUCACUGCUUCAACUUCAGUAGCCUACCUUUCCUCUCCUAGUUGGGCAUGUGAGAUCAAGUGCGUCUAGUGUACAGUAUGUGUGGUCUCAUUGAAAUAAAGUAUGUUGCCUAUGCAUGGGCGGAGAAUCACUGGCAGUUAUCUUUACAAGGAAAUGUACUUCCUAAAUAUGAUUAGGCUAUAGUUUACUACAUUACCUAGAAAUAAAUAUUGAUCAUCCUUAUUUGUCUCCGUCUGAAAAUCGUCCCACUCCUAAAAGGUAGGUUAUAAAAAUAACUCAAGAGAAAGUACAAGUUUCUCCAACUCUGAUCUCUUCAAACUACGCUUAGCAUAUUGGCUGAUAUAGCCCAGUAAUACCGAUAGGUUAAUAUAAGGGCCAUGUGAGAAUCUCUGGUAAUUUAACCUCAGCUAUUUGGGCGGGUGCGGUAUGAAAAGCUGCGGGUGCGGGCGAGAGCAGGGUGAAGAAAUCAGUUCUGUGCAGACCUUUACUUCAGUUUGCUGCCAUAUGACUGGUUUCACAUUUGUCUCAAGCUAUUAUAAGGUCAAAUAUAUCUAAAACAAGUGUAAUUUAUAUUUACAAUUCCCUUAUCCAAACGGAUUACUCAUUUACCUAGCUCUUAUCAAUAGCUCAUAUCAAGUUGUAAAUUACAGUGCAUGGAGAAUGGUGUAGAAGUAGAUGCUUUUUCCACUUGGAAGCAGUAGGUUCGCUAGACCUUGUUCAUGGUUUCCUGGCCCAUUAGGGAAUUAAGUCAAGGUCAGAAUAUGACGUAUUUGUAGACACACCUCCACCACACCUUCAUAUAUUCAAUAUCCACCCAAAACGAAUAGCAAGUGAAUAGCACGCAACCCCUUUGUUAUGGCAAGCCUAAAUAAGUUCAGGAGUAAUAAUUUGAUUAACAGGUCACAUAAUAAGUUGCAUGGACUCACUCUGUGUGCGAUAAUAGUGUUUAACAUGAUUUUUGAAUGACUACCUCAUCUCUGUACUCCACACAUACAAUUAUCUGUAAGGACCCUCAGUCAAGCAGUGAAUUUCAAACACAGAUUUAACCACAAAGACCAGGAAAGUGUUCCAAUGCCUCGCAAAGGAGGGCACCUAUUGGUAGAUAGGUAAAAAAAUAUCCCUUUGAGCAUGGUGAAGUCAUUAAUGACACUUUGGAUGUAAAUAAAUACACCUAGUCACUACAAAGAUACAGGUGUCCUUCCUAACUCAGUUGCCGGAGAGGAAGGAAACCGCUCGGGGAAUUGAACAUGAGGCCAAUGGUGACUUUAAACAGAUACAGACUGUGAUAGGAGAAAACUCAGGAUGGAUCAACAACAUUGUAGUUACUCCACAAUACUAACCUAAAUGACAGAGAGAAAAGAAGGAAGCCUGUACAGAAUAAAAAUAUUCCAAAACAUGCAUCCUGUUUGCAAUAAGCCACUAAGGUAAAACUGCAAAAGAAAUGUGGCAAAGAAAUGAACUUUCUGUCCUGAAUCCAAAGCGCUAUGUUUGAGGCAAAUCCAACACAACACAUCACUGAGUACCACUCUUCAUAUUUUUAAGCAUGGUGGUGGCUGCAUCACGUUAUGGGUAUGCUUGUCAUCGGCAAGAACUAGGGAGUUUUUUUAGGAUAAAAAGAAAGAGAAUAGAGCUAAGCACAGGCACAAUUGUAGAAAACCUGGUUCAGUCUACUUUCCAACAGACACUGGGAGACAAAUUCACCUUUCAGCAGGACAAUGACCUAAAACCCAAGGUCAAAUAUACACUGGAUUUGAAUGUUCCUGAGUGGCCUAGUUACCGUUACUUAAAUUGGCUUAAAAAUAUACGGCUGUCUAGCAAUGGUCAAAAAGCAACGUGACAGAGAUUUUAAAUUUGUUUUACGAAUAAUGUGCAAAUAUUGUACAAUCCAGGUGUGCAAAGCUCUUAAAGACUUACCCAGAAAGACUCACAGCUGUAAUCGCUGCCAAAGGUGAUUCUAACAUGUAUUGACUCAGGGGGUUGAGUCAAUACAAGAUAUAUUAGUGUUUUAUUUUUCAUACAUUUUUACAAAUGUUAGAAUUUUUGUGUAGAUCGUUGACAAAAAAUGACAAUUAAAUACAUUUUAAUCCCUCUUUGUAACACAACAAAAUGUGGAAAAAGUAGAGGGGUGCGCAUACUUUCUGAAGGCACUGUACGCAUAGAGAGAAAAGUGCAUAAAAAGGAAAAAACGUUCCAUUUACACACGCUUACCUCGUGUCGGAAUUGGGCCCUACAUGCUACACCAGCAGCAGCUUUAGCAACAUGCUACAUGCUACACCAAUAGCUACAUGCUACAUGCUACACCAGUAGCUACAGCUACAUGCUACAUUAGGGUCGUUCCACGAAAUGAGUGCCUUUUGAUAUUUUAAGUAGAAAUUGUGCACAAAUAUAGCAUUUUAAAAGCCUGUUCUCUUAAAUGAAGUCCCCUUUUAGUACAGACCACAUGGAAUAUUCUAUAAAUCAGAUUAUUUUAUAUGAAAAAAGACUUGCUAUUGCUAAUGACCCUCUGUGCAUCCUCUGUGACUUCUAGGAAGAUUUUAGCCCAUUUAACCCCAACAUCCCUCCAAGUGUUCACCAUAAUUGUAAAGCCCUAGUUAUGUUGUUGCUUUGACAGUCAUUUCUGAAGAUUAUUAUUUAUUUCACUUGAUUAGUGAUUCAUUUUAAGGUAAAAAAAAAAAAACCUGUUCCCUCAUUUUAAGGUCAACCCUGUUUUGUGAAAUGAACUCUCGUUUUAAUAUGGUGAAACUAUUCCUUUUAAAAUAAUUUAUUCAAAAGAAACAUUGAACAUCUAAUAGUCAAAUCAUAGUGUAAAGGCAGGUGAGCUGGUUCUGCUCUUUUUGGCAAUUUUGUGGUGGAAAACCCUGUUACGGUCAACCCUGUUACUUUAUUUGGCACUUAAUAGGCACUUACUAUAGUAUAUAAAAAAAAAGGAACCUCUUGAGAUGGCAGAAUAUUAAAAUUAGGUGAAAAAAAACACAACAAUUGUCCAAGUUACACUACUCAAAAGGCACCUAAUUGGUGGAAUGAUCCAUUAGCAGCCAUAGGUACAUGCUAUAUCAGAGCAGCAACAGGGGUCACACCAGGGUCUCUCUGAUUAAUGGGCUUGCAUGUUUGACUGUGUUUCAGGAUGGAGUCCACAGAAAAGUGCGAAGCCAUUAUUCAACAUUUUAAUGGCAAAUUUAUUAAGACUCCACCGGGAGUUCCAGGUGAGCAGAUCUCUCUACCUGUCUCAUCUAUGUGUUCUCCACCAAGCCCAGAUGUUAUGAUACCACGUGAUCCUCAGUCAUUCACUUCAGAUGGCAGAUCGAGAGCCGUGUCCAGAAACAAUCGCUAUCCCCUACCCACUAAAAGCUUUUGGAGAUCUGAGAGGAUUGGACAGGCAUAAGCAAUAUGGCAAAAACUUCCAUCUGUCAGAGGGCAAUGUGGAGAUAACACCAUAUUGCUUAAACCUAUUGAAUCCUCUCAGAUCUCCACAAGUAUCUAGAGGUUAGGGGCUAGGGGUUUUGUCUGAACAGGGCCUUGGUCUCUGAUCCCAGGCUCCUGGUUUCCCCCCUCAACUCUUCCAGUGGAUUGUUAUUCCUAGCCUCCUACAGAAUUCACCCUCUGAUUCCAUCAGUUUCUCUCUCCCACAGUGCCCCCGGAACCAUUAUUGUGCAAGUUUGCAGACGGGGGACAGAAAAAGAGGCAGAACCAGGGAAAGUACCUUCAGAAUGGCAGGCCCUGGGCAAGGGAUGGAGAGACGGUGAGAGGCUUGAUUUCACGGGUGGAGCCAUUCAUGAAUUGCCUUUUUGGAAUUAGAGACUGCAUGUUGUUCUAAAUAAGGUCAUUGUUAAAGCAAGAUAGAGCUGGAAUCUGAUCUCACAGAGAUAGGGAUUGUGUGGCUAACAUAACUAAACAUUCUAUUUGUGCAUAUCUGUGAUUAUGUGACCUUUAUGGCAUUUUAUUCUGAGUUCUUUGUGUUGUUUUCCCAGGGAGGGAUGACUCUAGCAUAUGACCCAACAGCCUUACAGAAUGGGUGAGUCCAGAGAGACAAAAUCAGAAAGUCAGCCCACCAAAACAAACAUCAGUCAGGAUUUCUGUCCCUGGUAAACCGAGACACCUGGUGGAGGCAGGAGGCAUUACACCACUAGUUUAUUUUAUUGCACUCAUCUAUUUCAAUGUAACGUUUUGUAGUUUUAUCUGAAAGGUCAAUCAUUUGGUAAGACUUUAUAAUAACUUUCAUGGACAAGACAUUAUAAAUUAUUAUUAUUUAUGCUUAUUCAUUUUAGAGUAAAUCAUUUGUAAAGAUUUUUCUGACAUGCAUACGUCUUGAUGUGUGUAUGUUCUGCAGGUUCUAUUCGUCACCCUACAGUCUGACCCCAAACCGGAUGAUCGCCCAGACAUCCCUCUCUCCCUACAUGCAUUCACCCAUCUCAUCUUACCAGGUCAGACACAGAACACACACCGCCAUCACCAAACCGCCAUUCACAAACACAUGAAGGAGGAAAUCUCUGUAGCCAUUGGAGCUAUGUCAUUGUCAUUGUUAUUUGUAAUUCCCAUUCGGAUUCAGAUUUAAUCUCCACUCAUUCUCCCCUGUGUGUUUGUGUGUAAAGAUCCUGUGUUUUCCUCCUCUCUCUCUCCAGCUACAUAGUCCCUCCUGGAUGCACCAGUCGUACCUCAUGCAGCCUGCAGUGAGUAUUAAAUAGUAUUAUCUACCUCUGCUGCUAAAGCUUCCUCUUACUAUUCCCUCCACAUCUGGUUAGCUUGCAGUUCUGCUCAUCUAUCUCUCUCUCUCUUCUUCUCUUUGUCAUUCUGUCUCUAUUUAUAUUCCUCUCUCUCUUUCUCUUCCCCUCUCUCCCUCUCUAUCUCUAUUUCUUGGCUUCCUGUCCUUCUCUUUUCUCUCUCCCUCCCUCUUAAUCUGUCUUCCUCUCUCCACUUAUCUCUGUCUCCACUCACCCUCUUUCUCUCCCUCCCUUUCCCUCUCUCCCAGGGCACAGUCCUGACUCCAACCAUGGACCAUGCCAUGUCUAUCCAGCCCACCUCCAUGAUGGGCCCCAUGACCCAGCAGCUCAGCCACCUAUCCCUGGGCAGCACAGGCACGGUUAGUACCCUACCGAUACCCACUCCAUCUCCCCCUCCACUUCCUUCAACAACCCACAUAUACUCACUCUACCCCCUCUGCUUUGGUCCCUUAGUCUCAGUUGAAAGUGAAAAGAAAAGCAGUUGCCUAUGUCUCAGUUGCAUGAUGUUGUGAGGCCUGUUGACGUUGGAUCUCUACACAGUAAUAAUGACUGAUGGUUUCUUCUCUUCUCGUCCUGUCACAGUAUAUGCCUGCCAACACAACUAUGCAGGGGACAUACAUCCCCCAGUACCAACCAGUGCCUCCCUCCAGUGUCCCUGUAGAGGUAUGACCCGAACCAACACCAUAAGCAUUAACUAUACAGAACUAAUUCAAGGGAUACUUCAGGAUUUUGGCAAUGAAGCCCUUUAUUUACUUUAUCUACUUCCCCAGUGUCAGAUGAACUUGUGGAUACCAUUUGUAUGUCUCUGCGUGCAGUUAGCGUUAGAGAAAUUGCCUAGAGUUAGCACAAUGACUGGAAGUCUAUGGUAACCGAUAGCAUGCUAGUAGAUAUCAUAGACUUCCUGUCAUUGCGCUAACGCUAGUUAGCAGUGGCUCGCGAAACUACCUCUAACUUCCUUCAUACUGGAUGCAGAGACAUAAAAAUCCUGAAGUAUCCCUUCAAGGGGAUGACAAAGAGGUGUUUCUUUUACAAAAAACAAACAAUUCCUUAAGCAGAGUUUUCAACUCAGGGACCUAUUGCUACUGUUCCACUCCAUUUCCUUCCUUUACUUGAAGGAGAACGGAGGACAACAGCAACAGGUUGCUAUGGAGACACCUGCAGAACACACAAACUACUCCUACCAGCACACCAAGUGAAGCUAAGGUAGGAUUAUGUCAAACAUCAGCUCUCCUGAUGUAAUAGAUAUAUAGAUAUAUAUAUAUAGAGGUGAAAGCAUUGGAAAUGCUUUUGGCGGUUAACCUGCUUCUGUUUUGUGGGUGGCACUGUGUGCUGUUUUCGAUGGAUGGGUCCUGGCCUCUCAGGGCCUUAGGGAUACGGAGGGACGUGGGGGGGAUGCUGAUCACUGGGAUGACGGCUCAACUUGGGAUGGGGAGGGGCUUUAGCGGGGGAAUUAGUGGAGAACAAUUGAAGGGUUACUCCGUAGCAAUGCAAAUAUCACGGUACAGCUAUAUGGACACUCAAUCAUUACGCUAUUUUUUAUUGGUAAAUUUACAAACAUAUAUAAUGAUAAAUAGACUUGAAACUUGUAUCUCAUUAUGGUGUAUGGUGAAAUAAGUAUAGCCAGUUAUAAUUGUAAUGGCUUAGCUGAUAAUAACAAAAGAAGAACAAUAUUUACAUGGCUCAAAGAGAAGGAAUAUAAUAUCUAUUGUAUACAGGAAACUCAUUCAACAAUUCGAGAUGAAGUAGCGUGGAAAAAAGAAUGGGGGGGGGAAAUAUACUUCUCCCAUGGGCAAAGAAAUUCAAAAGGGGUGAUGAUAUUAAUUAAUAGUAAUUUCGAUCCGAAUGUGCAAAUUGUCCAAAUAGAUACGCAAGGUAGAUGGAUUAUUUUAAAUAUGGUAUUGGACAAUAAACAGAUAUGGCUCAUUAACCUUUACGGACCAAAUAAUGAUGAUCCACAAUUCUUUGACAAUAUAUAUAAUAAAUUAUCAAGCCUGCAAGCAACUCAAGACAAUAUUAUUAUGGUGGGGGAUUAUAAUACUGUUUUAAAUAGCUCAAUGGACCGAAAAGGAAAUCACACCACAAACAAUCACCCACAUGCUCUUAAGGAAAUUGUGAAUGUCAUGGAUACAUUAGAACUAGUAGAUAUAUGGAGGCUUAAAUAUGCUGAUCUAGUGAGAUAUACAUGGCGGAGACUGAAUCAAGCUAGUCGUCUUGACUUCUUUCUUAUCUCAUUCUCGUUGGCACCAAAAGUAAAAAAAGUGUUGAUAGGGGACAGAAUGCGGUCGGACCAUCAUAUAAUAGGCAUAUACAUUACUCUGACUUAAUUUCCACGUGGGCGAGGAUAUUGGAAAUUUAAUCAAAGCCUAUUAGAUGAUAAUUUAUUUAUAAUUAGAACAAAGGAAUUUAUAACUGACUUUUUCCAACAUAACUUAGGUACAGCGAAUCCCCUUAUUGUAUGGGACACCUUUAAAUGUGCCUUUAGAGGCCAUGCAAUUCAGUACUCAUCUCGAAAACAAAAGCAAUUUAGGUCAAAAGAGUUUAUACUAAGAAAGGAAAUAGAAAGUCUAACAGAACAGAUAGAUGGCAAUAAAAACUGUAACAUAGAGGCUCAGAAUAAAUUAGAGGAAAAACAAAAAGAAAUGGAAAAACUUAUUCAAGAAAGAUCAAGUGUAAUAUAUUAUAAAAAUAAAGCAAACUGGAUGGAAUAUGGGGAAAAAUGCACAAAAUUCUUUUUUAAUCUUCAACAUAGGAAUGCUACCAAAAAGAACUUAAUGAAACUGGUUACAAUUGACGGAGUCACCCAUAAUUCACCUAAUGAUAUUUUGAAGGAAGAAACAAAGUAUUUUAAGCAUAUGUUUUCUUUUCAGUCGCCUCCAUCUCCUCUAACUGAAGCUAAUUGUAGAGAUUUUUUUCCUAUUGAUAAUGUCAAAUUAACAGCCACACAGAAAGACUCAUGUGAAGGUGAAAUUACAGAGGAGGAACUUCUGGAUGCAAUUAAAGACUUUAAGUCCGGGAAAACUCCAGGGUUGGAUGGCAUACCAAUCGAGGUAUACCAAACCUUUUUUGAAAUACUAAGAGGACCGUUAUUAGCAUGUUUUAACCACUCCUAUGUAAAUGGUAGAUUAUCUGACACUCAAGAAGAAGGUCUGAUCUCAUUAUUACUGAAACAGGAUACAAGUGGAAAAUAUAAAGAUCCAGUCCAUUUACAAAAUUGGAGGCCCCUUACACUUCAGUGUUGUGAUGCAAAAAUCCUAGCAAAAUGUAUAGCGCAUAGAAUUAAAAAGGUAUUGUCGGAUAUUAUUCAUUCUAAUCAGACAGGUUUUUUACAUGGAAGAUACAUUGGAGACAAUAUAAGGCAAGUAUUGGAAACAAUAGAACACUAUGGAAAAUAUGGGAAACCAGGCCUGCUAUUCAUAGCAGACUUCGAAAAGGCAUUUGAUAAAGUUCGACUGGAAUUCAUAUAUAAAUGCCUGGAGCAUUUCAAUUUUGGAGAAUCUCUUAUAAAAUGGGUCAAAAUCAUGUAUAGUAACCCUAGGUGUAAAAUAGUAAAUAAUGGCUAUUUCUCAGAAAGUUUCAAACUGUCAAGAGGAGUGAAACAAGGUUGUCCACUAUCGGCAUAUCUAUUUAUUGUGGCCAUCGAGAUGUUAGCUAUUAAAAUCAGAUCCAAUAAUAAUAUCAGAGGAUUAGAAAUACAGGGCUUAAAAACAAAGGUGUCAUUGUACGCAGAUGAUUCAUGUUUUCUUUUAGAUCCACAACUAGAAUCCCUCCACAGCCUCAUAGAGGAUCUAGAUACAUUUUCUAACCUCUCUGGAUUAAAACCAAAUUAUGACAAAUGUACUAUAUUACGUAUUGGAUCACUAAAAAAUACAAUUUUUACAUUACCAUGUAGUUUACCAAUAAAAUGGUCUGAUGGUGAUGUGGAUAUACUCGGAAUACAUAUCCCAAAGGAAAUAAAUGAUCUCACUUCAAUAAAUUUUAAUAGAAAGUUAGCAAAAAUAGAUAAGAUCUUACUACCAUGGAAAGGAAAAUACCUGUCAAUUUGUGGAAAAAUCACCCUGAUUAACUCUUUAGUAUUAUCCCAGUUUACCUAUUUGCUUAUGGUCUUGCCUACGCCUAGCAAACAGUUUUUUUAAAUAUAUGAGAAAAAAAUAUUCAAUUUUAUUUGGAACGGCAAGCCAGACAAAAUUAAAAGAGCAUAUUUAUAUAAUGAAUAUGAAUUCGGAGGACAGAAAUUAUUAAAUAUUAAAGCAUUAGACCUAUCACUAAAAUCUUCAGUCAUCCAAAAGUUAUACUUAAAUCCGAACUGGUUCUCAAGCAAAUUAGUAAGAUUGUCUCACCCACUGUUCAAGAAAGGCCUUUUUCCCUUUAUUCAGAUUACAACCUCUCACUUUCAGUUAUUUGAAAAGGAAAUAAUCUCCCAAAUGUCACUAUUUCUAAAACAAGCCAUAGAAAGUUGGUUACAAUUUCAAUUUAAUCCUCCAGAAACGACAGAACAAAUAAUGCAACAAAUAUUGUGGUUAAAUUCAAAUAUACUAAUUGACAAAAAACCUAUAUUUAUUGACAGAAUGUUUAAAAAAGGUAUAAUCUUCGUAAAUGAUAUCAUCGGUAGGACUGGUGGAGUUAUGUCGCACAUGCAGCUAAUAAAAACAUAUGGAAAUGUCUGCUCUACCCAAAAUUACAACCAAAUAAUUGCAGCCAUACCGCAAAAGUGGAAGAGGAAAGUUGAAGGGGGAGAAAGUAAGGAACUUGUCUGUCGGCCUUGCAUUAAAGAACAUAAUUGGUUAAGGAAAACUGUGAUAAAUAAAAAAGUAUAUCAGUUUCACUUAAGGACCAAAGGAUUGACAGCAGUCCCAUAUAGAUUGCAAAAUAGUUGGGAAGAGAUCUUUGACGUACCGAUCCCAUGGCAUAGUGUUUAUGAACUGACACGCAAAACGACACCGGAUUCAAAAAUUAGAAUCUUUCAAUUUAAAUUAUUAUAUAAAAUUCUUGCUACCAAUAGAAUGUUAUUUAUAUGGGGGAUACAAUCUUCCCAGCUCUGCAGAUUUUGCUGUGAAGAGAUAGAAUCAUUAGAUCAUUUGUUUUGGUUCUGUCCAUUUGUAGCUUGUUUUUGGACACAGGUCCAGGAAUGGCUAAAGGAUUGCAAUAUUUACCUGGAACUAACCUUGCAGAUAGCAUUACUGGGUGAUCUGAAAAGUCAUAGUCAAUCAAUCAAUAAUAUAAUAAUACUUUUAGCAAAAAUGUUUAUUUUUAAUUCACAAUCUGUAGAAGCAAUGAGAAUAGAAAGGUUCAGAACUUUUGUAAAACAUCACAGUAUGGUUGAAAUAUAUAUGGCAAAUAGAAAUCCUAUAUGGAUGGUGUUAAGAGAUAGAUGGGAGGUAUUGAAUAGAGUUGAAGGAUGGGACUAAUAACAAAUAACAACAAAUAAUAACAAAGAUAGCUAAUAAUGUAAGCAUACUGUGUCCAUAAUAAGUAUAUAGGUUGUAUGUUGGGAGCUUUUGGGAAGGAGCACAGUUAGAAAGAUAUGGCAUUUAGAGGCAAACCGGAUGGACAUCAUGAAGAUGAUCGGAGAGGUUGAGAGUAGAAGAAGUUCAGGAGAAAAAAAUUAAAUAGAUGUGUAUAUGUAUAUGUAUGUAUAUAUGUAUAUAUAUAUAUAUAUAUAUAUAUAUAUAUGUAUAUGUGUGUGUGUGUGUAUGUAUGUAUAUAUAUAUAUAUAUAUAGAUAUAGAAUUAUUGUAAAAUUAACUCUGUCCAUAAGGUGUAGAUAGUGAGUAUGGACCGGAAGUAGAGGCCUGGGCGUUGUUGUUCACUAAUUUACUCCAAGUAGGGAAAGGAUGGUGGGGUUGAAAAGUAAUAAAGGGGAAUAUAUAUAUAUAUAAAAAAUAAAAUAAAAAUAUGGGGGAUUGGAAGUGAUGCAGACAAUUACAUUGAUAGAAGAUACAAUCUAUCUGCAAUAUUAAGCUGAUCCUUCCCCCCCCAAAAAAAAAAAAAAAAAAAAAAAAAAAAAAAAAAAAAAAAAAACAUCAGCUCUCCUGUGCCCUACUUAAGGCAUGGAAGACACUUUUAAUUAAGUUUUAAGCUGCAACACCUCUCUGUGCAUAUACAUUUAAGUCAUUUAGCAGACGCUCUUAUCCAGAGUGACUUACAUCAGCAAUUAGGGUUAAGAUUUUUCACCUAGUCGGCUCAGGGAUUAGAACCAGCGACCUUUCGGUUACUGGCACUACGCUCUUACCCACUAAGCUACCUGCCGCCCUAUAUACAGAGGGGUCCGAAAUUAUUGAUACUCUUGAUAAAGAUGAGCAAUAAUCACUGUGUAAAAUAAAUAAGUCCAAUACUGAGCUACAUUGUAUGCUCAAAAAAUGGGGAAAUUUAUAUUUUAUACUAAUACAAUUUAUCAGAGAAAGAGAUUUUGUUUAACAAGUAAUAUAUUUUUUUCUCAAAAGGUAGGGGUAAAAAUGAUUGACACCUCUAAAGAUUCUUAGAAAUAAAGUAGUCAAAAGUUUGAUCCCAUUUUCCUUUCAUACAAUAUAGCUCAGUAUUUGAAUUAUUUACUUUAUACAGUCAUUAUUGAUCAAGGGUGUUAAUCAUUUCGGACCCCACUGUAUUUGCUACCUUAGUUUCAGUGUACAUUACUACUUAUAUCCAGCUCCAUGUCAGAACAUUGCAUGCAGGAGCCAAUUUGUUAGUUCACUAAAAAAAAAAAGCGUGUCAGAUAUUGACCACCAUCAAGAAAAACAUUUAUUUCUGAGUUAAUUUAUUGAUCAGUAUUCUGGAAAUAUACUGAUUUACACAGAUAAAUUAUGAUAUGGAAAGUAUGUAGACUUGUUACAUCUAUUAUGUAAAAGGUGUAGUGUGACAGAGGUAUGUGUGUGUGUGUUGCAGCUCGUGGUCAGGAGGCCAUCUUGUUGACUGAACCACAGAGGGUUGCUUCUCAAUAAGAGGAUAACAGAGCUCUACACAUCAACACCAAGCACCGGACUUGAACACCGUUGACAAAAGGAACACGUGUGUGCUUUGAAAAAUAAGUUGACACGCUUAUUUUGUCUGGACAUUUCCUCUCUCUUCUUCAAGAGUCAAUCAACCAAAGGUGGGAGCCUUCUGCAAUGGAAACUUUGAUCUCUUUUGAUAACUGAAAAAAAGAAACAAGAAAGUUGAACAAAGAAACAAAUUAGGAAAGGGGGAAAAGACACAGAACGUUAUUUUUGUCCACGUAAUAUAACAAAUUCUUAUUUUUUUAGAAGCAUUCUGGAGUUUCAGAGUGAUACAAGGAAAAUAAUUACAACACAAUGUGUCUUUUUUAUUUUUGGGUAAAAUAUGCUAACUUUAAUUUUAACAUUUUUAUGUCUGUUUUUUGAAAUUCUGUUCACAGCAGUUUGACAAUAUUUUGUACAUAAAAAUAAUAAUAAUACACAUUUAGUUUGUUUAAUGUUUCUGGUGUAGGAUACUUUUAAGUACGGAAAAUGCAAAACAAACCGUUUAAAGCUACUUCUCCCUAAAACUAAUCCAGUAAGGCUAAGUUCAGUUAACUCACUGGCAGAUGGUCACAUUAAUUAUUUAUAGAUUAUUUAAAAUCAAGUCAAACUUAAACCUUAUAAAGCAUUCACUUAUAAACACUCAGAAUGUGUUAUGAGCAGAGGACAAUCAUGAUCAUUCUUAUUUAUAUGUACAUCAUAGUUCUAUUUUUAGAUAUUUAGUAAUUUUCAAACAUGUCAAUUGCUUUUAUGUACAUUUUAUUUAAUGAAAUUCUUUAUUUAACAAAUCUGGUAAAUGCCAAACACUGGCAAUAAACAUGAUACCACUUAGAAAAUAAUUCAUACUUGUUAAAUAGGAGCUACAUUAUUCAAAAAUAUUUUUUUUUUUUUUUUUUUUUUUAGGGUGUCA